ACGCUCUCGCAAAUUCAUUUCGCAAAUCGAAAAAAAACGGAGCUCUGACAUUAGUUCGCUGAGCUCCAUUGAACCGACAUGAUCUUCAAGAAUAGGACUCUUCGUUUGGUCACGUUGGCUGUUUUAGCCAGUUGUCUUGUCGUCGGUGGGGAACCCGAACCUCGUCGUGGAUCCAAAGUGUCUCCAAAAUUCAGCAAUAAAUCGGAAGGCAACAACAAGACCGUCAACUCCAGAGAAGGAAAAGUAUUUUCACUCUUCAACAUUGUGCAAUUCAAUAACGGUGGUUGUCGUAGUACUAGCACUAUCAGUGGUGGUGGAUCCGGGUCUUCUAAUCGAAACGGAACCUGCUUCACCUCCAAUGAGUGCGUCAGUAAGGGUGGUUCAGCCGCAGGAUCUUGUGCUGCAGGCUUUGGUGUGUGUUGCGUUUUUUUGGUGAGUGCCUCGGGUUCGAUCGUGACCCAAAACUGUUCUUACAUCAGGAAUCCAAACUUCCCCAACUCCCUUGACACGGCCACGCAAAUUUCCUACACCAUUCAAAAGUGCGACAGAAGUGUGUGCUCCUUGCGAUUGGAUUUUGAGACCUUCUCCAUUCAAGGAACAGGCAACACGGAAGAGAUUGAUACCGACUUGACCCCUUUGGAUCCUGGUGGCGUUUGCUUGGAUACCUUCACUGCUACAGUGAACACAGGCCAAAACAUCCCAACCAUUUGUGGUCAAAACACCGGGCAACACAUCUAUUUGGAUGUUGGAACCCUAUCCUCCGAUACAGCGCAAUUGAACUUUGCCUUCAAUGGGGCGAGCAAUAAUCGACAAUGGGAAAUCAAAGUGACCCAAAUUCCGUGCAACACUCAAGGACACCCCACUGGAUGUGGAUGCCUUCAAUAUCAUACCGGUUUGACCGGCCGUUUUACCUCGUUCAAUUUCGCACCCACUAAUGACAAUCACUUGGCCAACCAGGACUAUUCCAUUUGUAUCCGUCAAGAAGCCGGCUUCUGUUGCAUUGAAUAUUCCUUGUGUCCGGAUGCCAACUCCUUCAGUAUCGACACCAACAUGAUGCUGAUGAUGGCGAAAGUGGAAACAGAGUGCUUUUCAGUUGAUUACAUUACCAUUGAAGGCGGACAAGGAAGCUGUUCUGGCAGUGCUGUGCCUUCGGCAGGAGUGAACCGAUACUGCGGGGAUAAGCUCAAUCCAUUGACGAUGGAAGGAGAGAAUGUACCCAUUUGCGAUUGUACGGCUCCCUUCCGAGUGGACAUCUUCACGGACGCAACUACGGAUUUAGCAGACGACCCCCCAACAGAAAAUUCAAAACCUUCGAGAGGGGUUUGCUUGGAAUAUCGCCAGAUUCCUUGUUAAAUCUAAAACUGUUGUGACCAUAAUGGAUUAUUACCACUGUAUAAUCGUCUAUUCGUGAGAUGUUGAACACCUCAUUAAUCUGUGAACAUUUUUAUUGCUUUUGUCAGCGGAUACUUGUUUAUUUUGAAUCUAUGCUCUAAUAUACCAGAAUGAUAUGUCUUGCUCGAGA